AAGUAGCUCGAGGCUAUAGCUUCUCUUCUGUUGCUACCCCGUGGUUAAUGGUUGCAUGUAAGUCAGCAUUUAUGUUGAAACAAUGAUAUAUUUUAUUUUCCACUCUGAGGAUCAGUAAUCGAUUAGAUGAGACUGAAUUAAAUCACCUUGUUCAUAAUAUAGCUUGGAAUUACUGAUCAAUAACAUCAUGAAGAAGACUAUUUUUGGAAGUGGGGGUGUAGGGGAAGUUCUCCUUUGAAAUGCUGAUUUUCAAGUCAGGAGGCAGCCAUCUUACCAGUAACAAACCCCUACUAACAACACAUACAAAGAACCACACCUUCCCUCCAUUACAUCCGUCCUCACCCGCCCUGCCUCAAGCUCCCCUCCUCCACUGUAUGUGCACAGUUGUGGGUAGUUGUUUUUUUUGCUCUGCGAACAGCCUCCUGUUGACAUCAUCACUAGGGGGACUCCUCCUAGCUCCCCUGCGGUAUAAAGGAUCAUUUGUUUCCGUGGCAGCAUCUCAUAGCUACACCACACCCUCUUACAGGUGCUCACACUAUACAAGGACCAACAAAGCAGGUGACUCUUCAUUGCACUCUGAAGGGUUUUGUUUGUUCGAAAAUCUGCAGACCCCACAUUUAAGUUUUGUUCUGUCACCAGACAAAGAGCCAGUAUGUCGAUGGGCCUGGAGAUUGUGGGCAUUGCACUUGGAGCCAUUGGAUUUAUCAUUGCCAUAGUGACAUGUGCACUGCCAAUGUGGAAGGUGACAGCCUUCAUUGGAGCCAACAUCAUCACUGCUCAGACCAUUUGGGAGGGUUUAUGGAUGAACUGUGUGACCCAGAGCACAGGCCAAAUGCAGUGCAAGGUUUAUGACUCUUUACUGGCUUUGCCUCGGGAGCUGCAGGCCUCCAGAGCCAUGUUGAUCAUCGCCAUCAUUUUGGGUAUUCUGGGAGUCCUGAUCUCUAUCGUCGGUGCCAAGUGCACAAACUGCAUCGAAGACGAGCCGUCAAAGGCCAAAGUGAUGAUCAUCUCUGGAAUCUUUUUCGUCCUCGCUGGACUUCUAGUCCUCAUCCCUGUCUCCUGGACCGCCAGUGUCAUUAUCAGAGAUUUCUACAACCCUCUCCUGACCGACGCGCAGAGGAGGGAGAUUGGGGCAUCGCUCUAUAUUGGAUGGGGAGCCGCCGCCUUGCUACUGAUAGGAGGUGCGAUGUUGUGCAGCAGCUGUCCGCCAAAAGAGAAGAAGUACAAGCCACCUCGGAUGGCCUACUCCGCCCCGCGCAGCGCCAGUGCAGGUGGAGGGUAUGACAGGAAAGACUAUGUUUGAUUAGAUAACAUUUUGGUAAAAAAAAAAAAAAAAAAAAGAAAAUGAUAAUCUUUGCUGUUCAUUCUUUGUCUGUGUUUCUGUGUUAUUUGUUAGCUGUUAGAUAGUGAAUCCUAUCAUGAAGACUCCGAGAUGAAGUUGUGUGUACAGAAAAUAAUUCUUUUGAUUUGCUGGCAUUUGUAUUUGCAUUAUUUUAACGCCAAUCUUCUACCUAUAUUAUCCAACAGUUGUGACUUCAGACUCAAAGUGAUUCUUCCUCUGAGUACAUGUUGUAUUUAUACUAAACCACCUUUGUUGCAUUAUGUGAAUAUGAUUACACCUGCUUCUUAAUGCGUGUAUAUGUGUGUGUUUGGCUCUAUCAUUAGCUGUUGGCCAGUAGGUGUUGGGUUUCACUGAAACUUUCAGUUAAAACGCAGUGUGUCAUUUCCCUGACAAUACAAGGAAGAGGAUGCUCUCAUUUUACAUGGAUUUGGUUGUGUGAUUUAUCUGUGUGUGUGUGUGUGUGUGUGUGUGUGUGUGUGUGUGUGUGUGUGUUUUGCAUGUGAUAUUUGCUUAAGAGACUUUCUGCUGAGACUGAAACUAAAGAUUGCUCCAUGAUAGGGCCUGAGGUAACAGCUUUAUCCUUCUCCUCACAGUUUCACAGUUUAAGGACAUUGAGGGGAUUAUUUCAGUCGACAAAUUUCAACUCACUUAAAUGUGACUUGUGUAUAUAUAUAUAUAUAUAUAUGAGCUUAUUUUAUAUUUCUGUAAUAUAAAUGUAUUUGCAAUUUG